UGGGAAGCCCGAGAUGCUUACUUUGCAUGCCUUGGUGCUGCUGGCAUCGUGAAGCCUGGAGACGAAGGCAAGGCUUGCGCAACGCAACUUAAGGCCUAUGAAGGUGCUUGUGCAAAGAGCUGGAUUGAAUAUUUCAAUCAACGGAGGGUGCUCGGCGAACAGCAAAAGGAGUCAUUAGCUAUGGCAAAUACUCAGGCAGAAGAAGCACGGAGGAAAGCACGGUAGUGGAUUAUUUGAUUAAAAUUUCGUCAGGAGGGAACUUCUCCAAAAACAUCGUGUAUCUCCGAAAACACAUUCCCCCAACAUGCACAAUCAUUAUAUUCAAUCAAUGAAAUAUUAUUGGUACACCAGAAGUACCUAUUUCAAGGCUUGCUAUCUGGAGAAGUAUAUGCAAAACCGAAAGUCUAUCUGCCUUAUUCACUACACUAAAGCUGCAGUAUGUUUAUUGAAGAUGCAUCAUCCUAUCAUGCCUAGUCGGUUUAUUCAAUCAAUGCAGCAUAGUCGAUACAGUAAUGG